AGCACAGAGUGAACCGGAUAUUAUCGGAAUGUCAAAGAUGGGACUCCUCAUGUAACGGUGGAUUUUUCUUGAAUAGUAUUUUAUCAGUAGUUUGCUUGUUUUUGGCGUCUUACCGGAUGGUAACACAUUGAUUGGACUUUUUUAUUUGUGAGGAGAGCACUGCUCGGGAGGACAUGGAUCUGAGCCAAGUUAGUCGCAGUGUGCGGCUGCUCUUAGGUCAAAUUCAACGCUGUCGGCCAGCCCUGCUUUCAAACCAGACGGCUCGAUGUCUGAGUCAAGCAGCUUCUCAGCCAGAGCCCUCCGCGGAUGAAAAUGAAGCCGUGAACCCGACCUUUGUAAACAGAAAUCCCCGCAAUCUGGAGCAGAUGGCUCUGGCUGUGAAGGAUCGGGGCUGGAAGACAACCUGGCCACACCGGCAGUUCUACCACAGGUUGAUGUUCUCCCGUAGCCAACACCAUGUGACAGCCCAAGUGUUUUCCAGCUGCUCUCCUAUUCCGGUGCUUUCUUGUUCGACCAAAGAGUGGGCUGUGAAGAAGGAGCUGGCUUCUACAAACUGCGUGGCAGCCUGUCAGGCUGUGGGCGAGGUGCUGGCACAUCGCUGCCAGCAGGCUGGCAUCACCAGGAUGGUGUAUAGGGUGAUUCCCUGGACAUACCGCUCAGAUUCUGUUCAGUCUUUCAGAGCUGCAAUGAAAGCAGGAGGAAUAAUUCUAAGUGAACCCAGAAGGAAAUACAUUGGGACCUGACUUUAAUUCAUCAGUCAAAUCAGCUGUUUUGUAUAAAUCUGCUCUUUAUCCCCAUUACCCCUCUCUUUUGUUAACUAUUACUGUGCUGAUAUUAAGAUUACAACUGCUACAGUAAAAAAUAGGAAUCAAAAGAAGGCUUGUCCCUGUGCCAUGUCUCUUUUAUAUUAAAUCAUUCUCCUCUGGUUUAUUAUUUAAUCAAAAAAUAAAGGUUCUUGGUUUGAA